CAGCACUGCUGGAGAGUGGGUGCCAGUGGGGCUCCUGGGCACAGCUCCCAGUGGGAAGCUGCCUGUGCCGGCUCAGCCCAGCCAGGGAGGAGCACCCAGUUCUGCGGGAGCCUUGUGCCAGGAUAGCGGCAUCCAGCCACACCAGCUCUGUGGGGAGAGGCUGUGGCGCCAGGAAGGGCGGCCAGGGCCAGGGAUGGCGUUUUGCGCAGUGUCACCGGCCACAGGCCCCUGGCUGAGCGGGACCGAGGACAGCCAGGCUGACAGCAUGUCCGAUGCGGGGAACGGCUCCCUGACCACCCACGUGCUGAACACAGUCACGGGGCUGCCGGCAGCUGGCCUUGUCAUCCGCCUGGACCAGCUGGUGGAGCCAGGGCCACAGUGGAGGGAGCUGGCACAAAGGUACACGGACACGGAUGGACGCUGCCAGCCCCUCCUGGCAGCGGGACAGGCCAAGGCCGGCACCUACAAGCUGCGCUUUGAGACAGCACCGUAUUGGCAGGGGCUGGGGCACACCAGCUUCUACCCCUAUGUGGAGGUCAUCUUCACCAUUACUGAUCCAGCACAGAAGCUUCAUGUCCCACUGCUGAUCAGCCCCUACUCCUACACAACGUACCGGGGCAGUUAGGGGGGCACAGCCUCCCCUCAGGGAUGCAGGACAGGAACGAUGCCACUAAUGCCAUUAAAGGCUCCAA